CACUCCGGCAGCAUCAGUACCAGCUCCGCCGUGCUAAUAAACCAAAAACCGGGGGACGGAGGAGAAAUACCGGCGGUGGUUGCGGCUCGAGCGGCACCGGUGCAUCUGGGCGGCGAGAUGGGAGACCAGAAGGAAUCUCUGCGUAAGAUCACCCACACGCUGGCCAUGAAGAAUGAGGAGAUUUCAAACUUCAUCUGCACCCUCAAACAGAGCCUCGACAACUUGGAGGCAAACUCCAACCGGGUGCAGGAGGACCUGCAGUCCGAGUUCACCUCCCUCCACUCGGUUCUGGAUGAGAUGAAGGAAAACAUGUUGACACGCAUCAAACAGGAGAGAGCCAGCCGCACGUACGAGCUACAGAGUCAGCUGAGCGCCUGCUCCAAAGCCCUGGAGAGUUCGGAGGAGCUGCUGGAGCUGGCCAACCAGACGCUCUGCUCCUCUGAGACGGACGGCUUCACUCAGGCGGCCAAAGACAUUAAGGAUAGCGUGACAAUGGCUCCAGCCUUUCGCCUCUCCCUGAAGGCUAAAGCCAGUGACAACAUGAGUCACUUGAUGGUGGAUUUCACCCAGGAGAGGGAGAUGUUGCAGGGCCUCAAGUUUCUCCCAGUCCCCGCCACUCCAGAGAUCCAGGUGUCAGAGUGUCAGGUGUGUGACAACACAGUGACUGUAGCGUGGACCUUACCGGAGCCCGACAGUAAGAUAGACUACUACAUACUGGAAUACCGACGGACAAACCAUGAGGGUCCGCCCCGCAUCAGGGAGGAAUACCCCUGGAUGGUGUUGGAGGGGAUAAAAGAGAUGGAGCACACGCUCACGGGUCUGCGCUUUGACACCCGCUACAUGACGUUCAGAGUGAAAGCGUGUAACAAGGCCGUGGCAGGAGAGUUCUCUGAGCCGGUUACACUAGAAACCCACGCCUUCACCUUCAAACUGGACUCUGCUUCGGCCCACCAGAAUCUGAAGGUGGAGGACUUGAGUGUGGAGUGGGACAGCAGUGGAGGGAAGAUACAGGACAUCCGCAAGGAGAAGAACCGGACCAACUCCCCGAUGCACUCCCCCGCCCGGUCAGCCCUAAUGUCUCCUAAGAGAGCACCGACAGCCCGUCCAGGCAGAGACAGGUUUACAGCAGAGUCCUACACCGUGCUGGCCGACACCAUGAUCGACGCUGGCCAGCAGUACUGGGAAGUGCGGUUUGACAAGGAGAGCAAGGCCUUCGCUGUCGGGGUGGCUCUGCGGAACCUCGGCCGAUUCGACCAGUUGGGGAAAAGCAGCGCUUCGUGGUGCAUCCAUCUGAACAACUGGCUGCAGCAGAGCCUCACAGCCAAGCACAACAACAAGGCUCGAACACUGGACUGUCCGAUCCCGAGCAGUAUAGGAGUCUACGUCAACUAUGAUGAAGGUGUACUGUCUUUCUACAACGCCAAAACUAAGCAGCUGAUGCACACCUUCAGAACCAAGUUCCAGCAGCCAGUCAUACCAGCUUUCAUGGUGUGGAACGGCAGUUUCUCAGUAGUGACGGGGCUGCAGGUUCCCAGCGUGGUGCAAAGCGGACAGAGGAAGAACAGCGGCACUAGCAGCUCCAACGCCAGCCUCACCUAGAUCCAUCCACUCGGCCAGCUGGACACCGACCAGCUCUGCCCGAUCGCAGUCACCCGCCGCAGAGCAUUUCCUCUGCCCUGACUGCGGUCAAAGCCAUAUCAUGGAAGAGUUACAUCACUGGAGUGCGGUGGUUUAGCUUGUUUCUCAUGUCUGUGUUGCAUGACAACAAAAAUGGUUUUGGAAACAAGCGAGUCAUCGACACUCUCAGUGACAGAAUUCUUCAGAUGUAUGACUCCGGCUGUUGUGAUUGCUUGGGACACGUUAGGUGUAGUUUUACUAGUUUUCCUCUCUCUACACAUUUAUUUUACUGUCCCACUGCUGCUAGAGCAAAGAUUUAGCGCUGGCCGCUGCCCUUCCUUCCUUCCUUCCUUCCUUCCAUCACCAAAACUGUCAGCCGUACUGUCACGCAGCCAGCUGCAGGUUCAGGGUCAAGGCCUGUCCUGUCUGCUCUCUCCCUGUGCCUUCCUUGUCAUUUCCAAACUGAUAGGCCAAAUCGGGUGAUCUGUACCAACAUGCUAAUAUUUCACUGCAAGAAAUGGAUCUCACUAUCUCAAUUUAAAACAAUGUAUUGUGUCAGUGUCAAUAUAACCUGGUUGUAUCGUAGCUUAAUGGUAAUUAUCACCUACUGAAUCUGCCUCUAAUCAUCAACCAACCUAUGUAACCCAAAUAACAACCUGCUCCUAGACAGCGCUACUCAAUAGAAUGUAGUUAAUUAAUUCAAUCAGGAUUUAUUAAACUCUCUACUUUGCCAGCAACUAAUGGAUCGUAAGAAGUCAACAGCACAUAUUAGGGCUGUUGUAUUUGAAUUCUUGCCAAGGCAUGCAGAGUUAACAGUGUUUACUUCAUUUCACUUUGUGGUGAGGAACCACACUUUGCGUGCAAGAAACUGGGUCCUUCAGCCUGCUGCUGAGGGUCUGUUAUAAAUUAGAGUCAGUGUUGUGACAGCUAGACUCUGCACAGAGAGUUAGUAGGAGUCCUCCUCAUUUUAACGACUUGUAGUGGAGUCAUAGAGGCUUCAAACACGGCUUCAGGAUUUUGGAAAUGACUGUACUGUACAUUUUAUUCACCUGACUGCACCCUGAUGCUUGUUUGUAAUAGUAUGUAUACGUCUAAACCUAAUAACACCACUUUAUUUGCUGCAGAGAGAUCCCAUCACGAGUAGUGGGCUGUCAGUCGUCCAGAUAUAACAAAUAGCUAGCCAGUAGCUCCAGCUAACAAAUUGUGGUAUGAGGGUUAGCAAGACUUGGGAUCCACCUGGGUGAGGAACUAAAGUGGUGAACGCUGGAAAUUGUUUCCUGAUGUUUUGAAGUCCUUAUUUGUGCAUCGCGAGACCUCUGAGCAGCGUCCAUGACAUGCGUCACACAUGGUAACACAUGUGUGACGCAUGUCUUGCUUUGCCAUGCUGCUCCCUCUGAAUGCAUCUCCUGAAUAACUGUAGCCUGCUAUGCUUUAAAGAAGCGUCCAGCUGAUAAUUAUGUUAACUUUACUUCACGUGCUGACAGAAUGUCACGAUUUAUUGUAAAUAGUUUAAUUUUUCCACUAUAAUGUAUCAGUCAUUGAGGUAAUAAAGGAGUG